AUGGGACUUCCAGACUCCUUAAAAGAAAAGGUUAAGGAUCUAAGAGUCGAACAAUUAAAGACUCAAGUGCAAAAAAAAGUAACUUGUGGGAACCGAAAACUCGACCUUGAAAUUACAAAACUUCCAAGUCCUUAUCUUUAUAGAGACGCUAAAAUUGUUGCAGAAUUUUUAAGCGAACUAUUACAGAAUCGAAUUUCGUUUCGUAUAGCAAUGCAAAAAGGUAUUGAAUUAGCUGAACAGGCAGAUACAAAAGGAGUUCAAAUAAAAAUUGCGGGACGUAUGGAAGGAAAAGAAAUUGCACGUGUCGAAUGGACGAGAGAAGGUAGGGUUCCUUUAGAAACGACUAAUCAACUUGUAACUUUGUUUGGGGUAUUCGGAGUCAAAAUCUGGAUAUUUCAAAACUUCUAA